AGACAAAUUUUGAUAGUCUUUUAUUUGGGUACUUUUUUUUAACUAGUGCUUUAACAAGUCAGCCAGCUGAACCGGAUGAGGAAGAUGAACAAACUAGUGGUCGGCGUUCAUAAAAGAGUGUGAGAACUUUGGGUUCACUGAACUUGCUCAAUGUUCUGGCGGCAGAACACUCUCUGAGAGGAUGCAGAAGACAGAGCAAUUUCAAGUGGAUGAGGAUUUCAACAUCGUUUUUCAGACUGAUGUUUGGAGGGUCAAACGGUGUCCGAUUGUUCUGAAAUUUUAGGAGCAGGUUCGGGACACAUUGAACUUGAUUUCCACCGGUCAGUUUUGGAUUUGGAGGGUCUCAAUUAUCAAUUCUGCCCCGAAUGGUAUUGUAUCCAUGCAAACUGUUAAACCAGCUAUGCUUAAUGAGGAGAUGAGAAGGAAGAUGCAAGGACACAUCAAGAAAAAUUGCUUCAAGUGGAAAAGAGAUAACAAGGCUAAAGGCAAGAAUGAGAAAGAGGAUGAAGGUGGUGACCGUGUUUCUACUGCUGAUCUUGUUGAUGAUUUGAUCUUUGUCACCGAUGCAGAUGUGGUUAAUGCAGUGUCAGAUGACCAGAGCUGGGUUAUUGAUAGUGGUGCUACGUUGCAUGUGACUCCAAGGAAGGAAUUCUUCACAUCCUUAAAGUCUGGCAGUUUUGGCAAAUUGAAAAUGGGCAAUGAUGCAGUUGCAGAGGUUGUUGGUAUUGGAGAUGUCUGCUUAGAGACUCAGAUGGGUACUAAGUUGCUCCUAAAAGAUAAUCAAACUUUCCAUUCUCGCUCAAAACACAUCGAUGUGAGGUAUCAUUGGAUACGUGAUGUAUUGGAUGCUAAGCUGUUGGAGUUAGCAAAGGUGCAAACUGAUGACAAUGGUGCUGAUAUGCUAACCAAGGCAUUGCCUAAAUGGAAGUUUGAUGUUUGUUGUGAGAUCGCCGGGCUGGCGAUCACCUCCACAUAGUCGUGAGGGGGAGAUAUGUUGGGUUUUGGGCUCACUUCUUAUGUGGAGGCCCAAGUAAAGCCCAAUUCUUCACAAGCCCACUCUUUGAUGAAAUAAGAGGUUAACAAGAGG